AGUCAAACAGACCCCAGGACACUAUUUAAGGCUGCACUGACAUCGAGGACCUUCAGUCUGACCGACACAGACCAACUUCUGAGAGAAGAGAUGGAGACCUUUCUUUCUUUGUUGCUCCUGAUUUGCUCUGUCUCUGCAGCUCAGCUCACUACAGAGCCUGACAGUGACAUUAAGGCACAUUUGCUGAAAACUGAAACAAAAGGAGAGGAAACAGCAAAAACUUCAAACAACCAACAAAGCUGCACACCUGACAUCCAUGCUGUGCUGAGGGAGAUGAGCGCAACACUGGCUGUACUGAAGUAUGAAAUAAGAGAUCUACAAAGAGAGAACGAAGCAAAGGACAGCGAACUGGAGUUGCAAAAAAUUGAGCUGGACAAACUGAAGACAAAGCAGCAAGCUCUAACUGGAGAACUGGUGACCAUUAAAUCCAGAGCAAACAUCACAGAAAACCAUGUGGAGGCUCUGAGGAGAGACGGGGAAGUAAAGAAAGUGGCGUUUUCAGCCUCCGUGGUGGCUUCAGGAGAAAAAUACAUCGGACCAUUUAACACUCAAACAACUCUGGUCUUCAGAUAUGUUGUGACAAAUAUUGGAAAUGCCUACAACCCUAAUACAGGUUUGUGUUUUGCAGGUUUUUUCAUAGCACCAGUGAGAGGAGUCUACCACUUUGAGAUACAUGUUGGUGCAUUUGGACAUGCAUCACAUGCUUCAGGUGCUCAUAUUGUGAAGAACGGGCAGCAAGUUUUCAUGGCAUACGAACUUCAGCCUUCUGGUUAUGGGAGUUCUGCUACCGGAGUCACGUUGUUAUUAGAGGUCAGAGACGUUGUGUUUGUGCGUCUUGGGAAGAAUGCCAGAAUUUACGAUAAUGUAAAUCACCACAACACCUUCAGUGGUCACCUGAUUUUCACCAUGUAAACUACAGACAUUGGUUUAUGUUAUUUGCCGUAUGAUAGCUGGAACCAAACAGCAGUGUUUCUCAGACAGACUGGAGCAGUUUAUAUGAAACUGAUGAUCUUUUUCAACUAGAAAUCAUCCAUUAUUUUUUCCUCAUGUCUUAUUUGUUGUCAAAAUUCACAGGUACUUUGCUUUUUAAAUCAUAAUUGAUUAAAUAUUGAAAAUUCUAUAGAUAUGGAACCCAAUGAAUUUGCCUCUUAAUCAUCAGCAGUUUCUAUUGCAAUGUUUUGUUUCAUAUUUUCAUAUUUAGAUUCAGAGGAACUUCAUGAAUUUUUGAUUGAGACUGAUUGUUCUGGAUUCAUUAAUUAGUCAAAAUUAACACAUGUUUCUGAUACCUACUCUUGGAAUAAACAUCCUCACGCUGCCAAA